AUGACAACACCACUCCAGAACGUCUACUACGAACGGAAAACGGCAACGGCACGGCCAUGCUACAUCUGCAACCGGCCGACGCAGACCGUGCUCGCAACGAUCAAGACCGAGGACUUCCUCUACACCUGUGACGGCCAUUUGAGUGAUCCCGCGACCAAGCUCGCCGCCCCGGCGCAGGGCCCGACGCAGGAGGACAUCCGCAAGGUCGUGUCCGAGUACCAGGCGCGGGAGGCGCGGCGCACAGCAGCCCAGGCGAAGAAGGACGACGACAAGGACGACAAGAAGGAGGAGAAGAAGGGCUUCCUCGGCUCCGCGCUCGAGAUGGGGUCCAAGCUCAUCUCGGGGUCGCCGAGCGAGGAGGGCGCCAAGAGCCCCGCGUCUACGCCUGCUUCACCCGCUGGUGAGAUGACGGGUGUCCCCUCGAGCAACGUCACGACGCACAACAAGUAUGCCCUCCACAGGCAUAUCUUCGAGGCGAGGAGGAAUGAGCUCCGGAGGAAGGAGAUGAACAAGAAGGCUAAGGAGACCGCACAGGGGUUACCCCAGGUGCCGAGGGGAUCGUUCUAG